AUGACACCGGUGGCCUGCAACUCUGCCCUGGGCGCCCGGGCGCAGUCCGCAGGCUGGGAGGAGGCGGAGCAUUUGCUUUGGAACCUGCCAGCCGAGCAGCCCUCGCUGGUGACGCUCAAUGCCUGCCUGAGCGGCAGCGCCAAGGCGCGGGAGUGGAGGCGGCCCUUGAGCUUCUUGCAGGAGGCGCCUCAGUCGCUGGAGCUGGCGCCUGACGUGAUUUCUUACACCACCAGCCUCAGCGGCUUGAAGAAGUGUAGGCGGCCCUGGGGCCACGGCGCGGCGCUGCUGCGGCAGAUGUCGCGCCUCGCGGUGCGCAGCGGGGUGCGGGUGUGGAACGCGCUGCUGGGCGCGUGUCGCCGGGAGGAGGACGCAGAGGUUCCCGGAGAGUGGCAGGCUGGCCUCUCCUUCCUUGAGAGCUUGCGCCAGCGCGCGCUGCAGCUGAGCGAGACCAGCCGCAGCCUUCGGCUUUGCAGCCUGGAGGAAAGCGCUCAGGUGCCGGAGCUCGCGCACCUUUGGCGCUCCACGCUGGCCCUCUUCUGGGCGGCUCCGACACCGGCGCAGGCGCCGGAGAGGCUUGCUUCGGGGGCCCUCCUCGGCAGCCUGGCGCGGGCCGAGCAGUGGGGCGGGGCUCUUGAGAUGCUGGAUGCCAUGGCCAGCCAGGCAGGGGGCUCUGUCGCGGACGAGGUCCACUACGACUUGGCCAUUGCUGCCUGUGCAGGGGCCCGAGAAAUCCGCGAAACGCCCCUGCAAAUGCAUACCUACACAUCCGCCGAAGACUUGGCAUGA